CUAACAUGCUAAAGCAAUCGCGUGAUAUUUACUUGGAACAUUCUAAAUUCAAAGUUCAAAAUAUGUCUACUACGGUUUCUUUGACUUUUCCUCCUUUAUCACUCUCUCUUGUUCUAUAAAUCUUUUCUCAAUCAUCAAAGCCGCCACUAACCUCAUACACACGAUAGAAAACAUGGCAUCUUACGAGGGAGGGCCAUUGGUGAUGGAAAUGGAAGGAGAAGAAGGUUUCGAAGAAGAAGCCGGCAGCAGCGGUUGCGGGUGCGGAUGCUUCGGCCUGAAGAAAUGGUGGCAAGGCCAUGAGGAAGAAGGUAAAGGGCUACUUGUUGAUCAAAAGGGUGAGGGAGAGUCAUGGGUGGUGGAGAAGUUAAGGAAGGCAAAGGAGGUUUCAGAAGUGAUUGCUGGUCCAAAGUGGAAGACUUUCAUUAGAAAGAUAAGUGGGUAUGGGAAGAAGGUGAAGCAACAAAGGAACAGGUUUCAGUAUGAUGAACACAGCUAUGCUCUCAACUUCAACUCCGGGGCUCAGAGUGAAGAUGAAGGCAUGCCUCACAGUUUCUCAUCUAGGUUUGCUGCUCCUGGUCGUCGCCAGAAUGAAUCAUGAUACAUAUUUUUCACUAGAGACAAUCCCAGUUGGAUAGAACCUUUAAACAUGUAUAUUGUUGCCUAAAUUUGUUUACAUGAUUGUAAUUCUUAUCUUGAAAUUAUCAUUCAUUGUGUGAAGAGUGAAGACCAUUGUUCUUUAAUAAAUUAAAUUCCACGUUUUAUCUUUA